GUGACGGUGGACACUGCUGUGGAUCCCUGCACACUUGCUCCCUGUGGAUGAUGGAUGACAACACACUCUCUGAACACCCGGAACCCGUGGAAUUCCUCAACAUCUAUUUGAGGGACAACCUGCAGCCCCAUCCAGGAGUACAGCCGAGGGAAACGAGCAGCCGUCCUGACCCGCCCGGACCUUUGCAGGAACUGACCUGGGCAUCUGACCCUUCUGAGUCCCCAGGGAGGCGAGAUGCUCCUGCCGGGGGCUCUAGGGCCGAGCCCGAGGGCCUGGGGAGCGGGUCUUCCCAGGGGGGCCCACGGCAGAACCCCAGCUCGUCCACGCAGGUGGUGUUCUGGGCGGGCAUCCUGCAGGCCCAGAUGUGCGUCCUGGACCUGGAGGAGGAGCUGGAGAAGACUGAGGGACUGCGGGCCGAGCUGAGGUCCUGCAUCCCUACGGCUCCUGUGGACCUCCCCACGUUCCCCUCCAGCCCGGCAGGCCCCCUGGGCCCAGGCCCCCCUGCCAGCUCUCCCUCGGGAGAGGACAGCAGCAGGUCCAAGGGAGAGAGCCAGACCCAGGUGUCCCCCGGGGAGGGGACGCCAGAAUCCUCCCCAGAGUGGGGUGCCGAGGAGGAGAGCCUGUUCUUUGACAACCCCCUCUUCCUGGAGAGCCCUUGCUCAGAGACCAGCACUCCAAGAGAGCGCUUCUCCUGGGGGCACUCCAACUCCUGUGCUGACAAGGACGACAAUGGGAGGCCUGAGAGCCCGCAGACCCUGGAGCCUCCUCUCCUGCUGGGCAGGGUGCCAUGGGGGCUGGGCGAUGAGCCAGACUCGGGGGACAGCGUGGCUGAUUCCAGUGGGCACACCACCCCUCCGUUCCCUGUGCCCACCUACAAACCACACUCCUUCUCCUGGGCCGAACCUGACGCCGUCCAACAGGCUCCCGCAGCACCUCCCAGCUGGGUGGGGAACAAGGCUUCUCUGGCAGGAGGUCUUGACCCUGCAGCAUCCUCUGUGGACAAGGCACUGACCUGGGAAACAGGGCAUGCCAGAUCUGACCCCAGCCCUGCCACCCAUCCUCAUCCUGGCUCAUGGAUACCCUGUGCCUCUCAACAGGCCCUGCCCAGUCCUGAGGGCUGGCAGACAGAGCAGGGUCCUUCCUGGCCCCAGCUGCCUCUUACCUCCCAGGACAGAGGUGACAGAGAUGCCGAGUGUCCCCAGGAGCCUGCUCCCUGCACCCCUGCCCCGGGCCCCUGGUGGGGCCCAGCCUCUUCGCCAGAGCCCAGCAGCCCUGAGUCUGAGAGCAGAGGCCUCGGGCCCAGGCCCAGCCCCGUGUCCUCGUCCUCCUGGGAAGGCAGCCCGCAGCCCCAGGGCUGCCACCCCAGCAGCGCCUUCCCCACGUGGACACUAGACGCUUCCCGCCUGGCCCUCCUGGAGACAGAUGGGGCACAGCCACGGUCCUCAGAGAGAGAGGAGGCCCCAGAGGCCCUGGACCCAGGGGAGGAGGUGAAGAGUGAGGGCCCUGCAGGCACUGCCGACGCCGGCUCGGUCCAGCCCGAUGCUCACCUGGCUUCCACAGGAGGGCUUCCUGAGAGCCCCAUGCCCCAAGGGAAGUCCCCAGAGGAGGGCCAGGGGCCGCAGGCUGCAGACAAGCUGGCCAACGGCGUCAGGACGGACAAGCAGGCCUGGGACCUGGCCUCCCGCCUCUAUCGCCUGGAGGGUUUCCGGAAGUCUGAGGUGGCUGUGCACCUGAGGAAGAACAAUGACUUCAGCAGGGCUGUGGCUCAGGAGUACCUGUCCUUCUUCCAGUUCAGUGGCCAGAGCCUGGACCGAGCUCUUCGGAGCUUCCUCCAGGCACUGGUACUCAGCGGGGAGACCCAGGAGCGGGAGCGAGUCCUGUUCCAGUUCUCCAGGCGCUUCCACCACUGCAACCCCGGGCUCUUCUCCUCAGUAGAUUCCGUGCACACCUUGACCUGUGCCAUCAUGCUCCUGAACACGGACCUGCACGGCCAGAACAUUGGGAAGAGCAUGAGCUGCCAGGAAUUCAUAAGCAACCUGAACGGCCUGCAGGACGGCGGGAACUUCCCCAAGGAGCUGCUGAAGGCCCUGUACUGGUCUAUCCGGAGUGAGAAGCUGGAGUGGGCUGUGGACGAAGAAGACGCAGCCAGACCUGAGAAGGCCCAGUCCUCACCACUCGGCGGCAAGAUGAGCAGCCCCUUCCUCCAGCUGGCCCUGGACCCCACGGGGCCCACCUACAAGCAGGGCAUCCUGGCUCGGAAGAUGCAUCACGACGUGGACGGCAAGAAGACGCCAUGGGGCAAGCGUGGCUGGAAGAUGCUCCACACCUUGCUCCGAGGGAUGGUCCUCUACUUCCUGAAGGGAGAGGACCACGGCCCCGAGGGGGAGAGUUUGGUGGGGCAGAUGGUGGACGAGCCCGUGGGGGUGCACCACUCGCUGGCUUCGCCGGCCACCCAUUACACCAAGAAGCCACACGUCUUCCAGCUGCGGACUGCCGACUGGCGCCUCUACCUCUUCCAGGCACCCACUGCCAAGGAGAUGAGUUCCUGGAUCGCGCGCAUCAACCUGGCCGCCGCCACGCACUCAGCGCCGCCCUUCCCCGCCGCGGUGGGCUCCCAGCGCAGAUUCGUGCGGCCCAUCCUGCCCGUGGGCCCUGCCCAGAGCUCCCUGGAGGAGCAGCAUCGGUCCCACGAGAACUGCCUGGAUGCUGCCUCCGACGACCUGCUGGAUCUGCAGAGGAACUUACCUGAGCGGCGGGGCCGCAGCCGGGAGCUGGAGGAAUACCGCCUGCGGAAGGAGUACCUGGAGCACGAGAAAACCCGCUAUGAGAUGUAUGUGCAGCUGCUGGUGACCCGUCUGCACUGCCCCUCGGAUGACCUGGACCUGUGGGAGGAGCAGCUGGGGAGGGAAGCUGCAGGCCCCCAGGAGCCCAAGCCCAGCCUGAAGAAGUCCCACUCCAGCCCCUCCCUGCACCAGGACGAGGCCCCCACUACCGCCAAGGUGAAGCGCAACAUCUCAGAGCGCAGAACCUACCGGAAGAUUAUCCCCAAGCGGAACCGCCAUCAGCUGUGAAGCGUCACUCACAGACCUUGGCCCCUGCGCUGGGGCGGACCUGGGAUGAAACCCUGUGGGAUGGAGGAGAGGCCUCUGCUGUGCUGAAGGACAGCCGUCUCUGAGCUUGCCCGAGUACUGCUCUGCCCUGCCCUGCCCUGUGGCAGGUCCUCAGCCAGGGUCCCUGGCCACUCCUGAGGAAGGUGGGAGGCCAGAGAUUUGGCUCCUGUCCCAGAGUUUGUCCCAUGUCACUCUUCACUCCUCCAAAAUCCAGAAUGCCCCCUUUUUCUGGGCCUGGGGCCGCUCAGCACUUGGAGAAGCAGAGCAGAUGGUCCCUGCGCUUCCAGGAGAGAGCCUGGGGCAGCCGAGGCCUCUGGGCCGUCAGGCCCCGGGGAUAGUCUUGCUCUGGGAAUCAGGUGACCUGCUGGGAGAGGCCUGGGAAGACCCCAGCGAGCCUCCUGUCUCCUGGCCCUGCUCAGGGUGGGGCUGCUGUCAGGGGCAGGGCCCUGUGAGGCUGGCUCUGGGACUGCACCUUUGUCUCCUCAUCCCUACAGUGGGCCUGGCAGGGCCAAUGAGAGCGCCCCACCUCCCAUGCCCAAUUGCUAAUCAGCAGAGGAGAGCCAAUGGCCCCAAAGUGGUGGGGGCUCCAGGGCUCUGGGGAGCCCUGAACAAGGGGCCUUUGUGUCCCCAGUGCCAGGAAAGAGGCUCAGAUCCCUGGGGAGGCUGAAGAGGAGGUGGUGACACAGCCCCUGGGGCUCUCCUGGCAGGAGCUGCCGCUGUGGAAGGGUUGAGAGUCAUGGUGGAGGCCUGGACCCCCUCCCCACAUCCCAGCCCUCACAGCUCCAUUCCCCAGGGGCACCAGCCCCCUCUGGGCCCCUGCCCUCCCUGUGUGUCCCCUGGAGCUGCCCUCUGGCUACUUUCAGGGUGGGGCGGGGGUGGUUCUGGACACCCACGGAUCUGAGGCUGUGCCAGUGGGAAGGAGGCUGGGCUGGGGGAGCAGCCACCAUUGUCUCUGUUCAGCCAAGUGUGCCCACAGGCUGCCCGCCAAGAGGGGCCUCUGCUGCCUGCCUGCCGCCUGCUGGCUGACGCACUGCCUCUCCACCUUCCUGCCGGGCCUCCCCCUCCCAUCCAUGCUUGUAACCAGCCCUGUGGCCUGGAACUCCCCCAAGCUGGGCUGGCCCUUAGGGGUCAUGAGAGGUUUCUGACCAGAGCCAGGGGCUGAGCCAUGCACCCAAUGGGUGUGCAAUAAAUACAGGCCAGUG